AUGCUAUUUUACGUAUUCCUUCUAUGGGCAGUGUCGGCUCUACCGACUUUCAUCAACAAUGCUACUUUGAUUCCGCUAGAGGAUGAAAAUGGGACACCCAAUUAUAUCAAGAUUGAAAAUGUGAAUACCACUUCACUGCCCACCAGUAUAGAAGGCUUUUCAGCAGCGGUUGUAAAGCAUAAUAGGGAGACACCUCCUCGUGUGAAACACUGGACCAUCUCGGAUUGCGAAUCAUUUAGCAAACAGCAAAUGGCAGCAGUUAUCAGAUACUAUCCUUAUGUUGAGGUGGUUUGCGAGAAGCAAAACUCUCUUUUGUAUCCUGCUGUUCUUGAUGACAGUCCUACAGGUCCUAAGCAACCCGAUGCUACAGACUGGUACCUGACCAAGCUCACUUCAUAUCGAUUCAAGGAAUUUAAAAUUGAGGUCGAAGCCGAGGAAACAUCUUUGAAAAUGCCCUUGGCUCAAUGCAUAGCCUUCAGUCAUGAGGAGGCCCCUGCUACUACGGAAGUUCGUCUCACCAUCGCGGGCUCACCAAAAGUCACUCCAGGAGUUGGUGGGGGGAUGCCCAUUCCGUAUUUUGGAAUCAAUUCCGGCUUUUCUGCUGGCCUUGGAAUUACCGCUUCGAUCUACGUCAAUCACGCCUGCAACGGAAAAACGGCGCCUGUUAGGCCGUUCAUUUCUCUCACGACUAUCAAGCUGAGAAUUUGCAGCCGCCAGUGGAAAGUCAACCUUCAUAGAUACAACUUUAUCAAAAAGCUGGAAUGGGAAGAAGGCGAGUUUACCUUAUUGGGCAGGACAGCGCCCCUCUUGUCCUGUGUUAGUGAACUUUACGAACCAGGAGUUUGUGGCUGGACUGACUUUCCCAUGGACGAUGCACCGCAAUUAUUGCCGGAAACUGAUGAAGUGUACGAAAUUGACUAG